GCUACUUGAUCAUAAGUUGACCCUAGUAUGCAACGAGACUGAUUCCUUGUCAAUCUAUUGGAGUGUCCCCGACUUUGUCAGCAAAUUUUAGCAGAUGGUGUUGCGCUCCUCGUCCGGCAGCGUUACCGUACAGGUAAGUAGCUUUCUGUUGGGAGCGGCUUCGGCUUGGGCGCUGUCAUGGUUGGUACAGCAAACGCGGAAACGACCAAUUACGGAUACUCGUCCUGAAGGAUCCAACCGAUCGGUCCCCUGUACCCAGACAUUAACCACUAUUAAAGACGAUAGCAACAACAGCUAUGGUGACAAAGACAGUGAUGCUCUCAGAGAACCACUGUCCACAUCACCAGCAGAACCUUUGAUGGAUUCCCCAGAGCUUGAUUUGCGCCUGAUACGCAAAGCCGAAGCGGUGAUCCAAUGGAGGACCUCCAGUAUCACCAUUGUUGUGGAAAGAUGCACAAACGAUCACAACUAUUCCGCCAUCUUGCGAACUGCCGAAGCCUUGGGGAUUCAAAAUGUCUGGAUCAUUGAUCCGCCUCAAUUGAUGGACGGUACCGGAGUCGGUUCAGUCGACGACAACAACCGAGAGGAAGGAUCGAACGAUGGUAACAGCGAAAGCAGAAAAUUGCCGACAUCCGCCCACCCUGGUCGUCCGUUGCUUAAGGUCUUAUCGGAACAGGAAAUGGAACAGCGCGCGCAACACCGCUUGUUUGCUCAAAACGCUACAGAAUGGAUUACCUUGCGUGAAUUCACCGACACAGCAUCGUGUCUACACGAACUGCGCGCCACGGGUCACCAGAUAUGGGCCACGGACUUGUCGCAGCAGGCUGUCCCGCUGGAAAAGGACGACUUACAAGAAGCGGGGCAUUGGCCGUUGCCGAACCAACUGGCGAUUGUGUUUGGGACGGAAGCCGUCGGCUGCUCGCAAGAAAUGUUGCGUCAUGCCGACUUGCGCGUCUAUUUACCUCUACGGGGCUUUGCCGACUCCCUGAAUUUGUCUGUUGCCACUGCUUUGGUUAUUCAGGCGUUAUUCGUGUUGGACCCAGACCUGGUAGGGCGUAUGCAUCCUGAGGACCGUACCGUCUUGCGACAGGCAUGGUUUUCGAAGCUAGCUCGGCAGCGGCUGCUGAGCAGUGCGGAAAAGAAAAAGCGCAAAAAGCUCGUGGGCAACAUUGCGUACGGGGAACGCUUACAGCUCAAAGUCGACGCUGGGGAUUGCUUGGAACGCAAGCAGAUCGAAAAGCUGGCCAAGCUCGAAGCCAUGAGGGCAGAAUUGAUCGCAUUGGACGAGGCGUCGCUGUUUUCGGAGAACGCAGCCGUCGAUGCUGCCGUGGCGGAAUGGGUCCGCAAUCCACCUGCACCUCUAACGGAUGUCCGACGGGCCGACACUCACCGUGUCACAUUUGUUGGCAAGGGUACAAAAAAGCUACACGCCGCACAUUGGAAGGACAUGGUGGCCACGAACAAUACACACUCCGUCUAUGAUUCCAGUUCGAGCUUCUUUCGGGCCCGAAUACAGCAAGCGGCGGGCAAAACAAAAACAUCGAUAGCGGGGACGGAGCAAUAA